CCUGAAUUUAAUGCUUUAAAAUUAACAAAACCUAACAAAACAUGCGGAAUUCUGCCUUUAGAGGUUUUUUCUUACUUAAGAGGCUAAAGAAGUAAGAAAAUCGAUAAAAUGAAGAAGGGGAAUCCGAAUCAAAAGACGUUGUUUCAGAGCUGGGGGAAGAACGAACAACAAACGCUGAAGACCACUGAAGAGAGGAAAACUCAAAAUCAUAGCGAUAAUAUCCCCAUCGAAAUCAUCGAUCUCGAAGAUGRUGACGAGGAUGACGGGCUCCUUGCUGCUGCCUUGGAAAUGGAAUCAAUCGACCCUCAAAUAAAUCAAAAUGGUAUUCAAAAUUCAAACUGUGCUGGAAAUGUUUCGAAUUCAGAAACUUCAGAGGAGCCAAAAGAGGUCGAAUAUUUGCCCGGGUUUGACAUGGAAAGCGGAAAUGUCUGGAUUUAUCCUACGAAUUAUCCCAUUCGGGAUUACCAGUUCCAGAUAGUCCAAAAGGCUUUGUUUAUGAAUACACUGGUGACCCUCCCAACUGGUCUGGGGAAGACGUUUAUUGCAGCUGUGUUGAUGUAUAACUAUUACCGUUGGUAUCCCCAAGGAAAAGUUAUAUUCAUGGCGCCCACUAAACCCUUAGUGGCUCAGCAGAUAGAGGCUUGUUAUAAUAUCAUGGGUAUUCCAGAAUCAGACACUGCACAAAUGACAGGUAACAUGGCUCCAAACAAGCGAGAAGUUAUGUGGAAAAACAAGAGGGUUUUCUUUCUUACACCUCAAGUUCUCCAAAAUGAUUUGAGUAGAGGGUCAUGUUGUCCUGAAGGUGUCGUUCUACUGGUGUUUGAUGAAGCUCACAAGGCACUUGGUAAUCAUGCAUACUGUCAGGUUGUGAGAGAAAUUUCCAAUUACACAAGAAACUUCAGAGUCCUUGCUUUAAGUGCCACACCUGGAGAUGAUGUAAAGGCUGUGCAACAAGUGAUGACAAACCUCCUUAUCUCACACAUGGAGCUGCGAUCAGAAGAUUCUUCAGACAUCCAACCCUACACUCAUAGUCGCACUGUUGAUAAGAUCGUUGUUCCUCUUGGGGAUGAUAUUUCCAGGAUAAAAACGCACUUUCUUAAGGUGUUGGAAGGAAUUGUUGGGCGUCUAUUCUGUAACAGAGCACUGUGGCAGAAAGAUCCCCAAAGAGUAACCAAGUAUAUGCUGCUGAGUGGACGAGAUCAGUUCAGGAAAAGAAAUCUAGAGGGUUAUACGAAUGGUCAGAAAGGAGCAAUUGAAGGUGACUUCGCCAUGGCAAUCAGCUUGUACCACGCCUACGAACUACUACACCAACACGGUAUCCUGUCCUUCUAUAACUUCAUCAAAGCAAUCAUAGAUGGCAGUAAAGGUAUGGUACGCGCUAAAACAGAAAUCAAGCGCAACAGUCAGUUCAUGGAAGUCAUGGAAGAACUCCGUGAGAGUAUUGAAUGCCCGCCGGAUGAAACAGCAGAAACUUCGGCUCUGUUUUCCCAAUUCACCUCACCACGAAGACGCGCCAUGCAUAAACAACCCUUCGAUCCUUCCUUCAAGAGCCACCCAAAACUGCUCAAGCUCGAAGAAGUUAUUGUAGAACAUUUCCUGAAGUUUUCCAGCGAAGCGGCAAGUACUUCUACAUCAGUGGACAAUGAAAGCGCGACCGAGAGCAAGCCGGUUGCCGCCGUCAAUACGCGCGUGAUGAUAUUCUCUCAAUACCGCGAUAGUGUCGGUGAGAUUACAGCAAUAUUAAACAAGCACAAGCCUUUGGUUCGUGUGAUGAGUUUCAUUGGUCAAGCGUCUACUGGGAAGAGCUCACGAGGAUUAUCACAGAAAGAACAGCUAGAGGUUGUCCAGCGGUUUCGCAAAGGUGGGUACAAUACCCUGGUAGCCACGUGUGUAGGGGAAGAAGGUCUUGAUAUUGGUGACGUGGAUCUGAUCGUGUGCUUUGAUGCGCAUGCGUCGCCUAUAAGACUGGUACAGCGCAUGGGCAGAACAGGAAGGAAGCGUAAUGGUCGGAUCGUGGUUCUUGUUAGUGAAGGCAAAGAAGAACAGGUCUACAAGAGAAGUCUCAGUAACAAGAAAUCCAUCCAUAAAGCGAUCGUACAAGGCUCUAAAUCCUUCGAGCUUUACGACGACAACCCGCGCAUGAUUCCAAGACACCUGAUGCCUCGCGUACUCAAAAUGCAAAUGACUGUUGGGGACUUUGUUGGCAACAGAACGAAAAAGCGCAAAUCAGAGGCAAACGAAAGCAAGUCAACCAACAUCACUAGUUUUCUCGGCAAACCCGGCACAUCCAAGACACCUAACCUGUCUCGCAAAGACGAUGGAUUUCUCACCUACGAAGAGCUCAUCUACUGGCAGGAGAACUUCAAGCUCCCCAACUGCGAAGCAGGCACUACGCCACAGAAUUCCAACCGAAGAAGAUCGCGCAAGUCUCUAACAGAUCCGCCCGUCAAGGAGUUAUCUUUGAAUGAGUGGAUGGCGUGGCAGAACGUACCUUCACAAGUGUACAAAAUUGCACAUUCUAGACGAACAGAGCAUAUGAUCGAGAUUCUAGAGUUCAUAGAGCUUCAUGGAGAAACUGGAGAUGGUGGAGAUGAUGCUUAUGAUGUGGAGAUGAUGACGUUUCUGAAUGAAGCAGACCUGCCUACUCCUGAAGAUGAUGCUAUGAUCAUUGGUGAUGAUGAUGGUGGUGAUAACGAAAGGGUAAAUGAUUCCAAAGACAAGACUGAGAAAAAGAACAAGAAGAAAAGAAGUGUCCCAAAUGACAACGACAAAAAUAAGAGUAACAAAAAUAAAAAGUCCAAAAAAUCAAAAAGUAUUUCACCACAGCAGAAAACRAAGUGGAGAGAAUACCUAAAGGGAUUUGAAAACGAGGAUAACGAUUUUGAUACUGGAGAAGUGGAGUCUAAAAACCUUGAAGAAAAACAAAGCAACGAUGAUGAGAUACGACUCGAAAUCCUUGAUGGCGAAAAGGAAGAAGCUGCGAAAGCAACUGAAGAAAUUUUACCAGAGCAUAACGCCACGGAAUUGCAUGAAGAAAAUGAAGGAUUUGAAGUAUCAAGUCAAAACUUUUCACAGCUACUUCCCUCUUUAACUCCACAGAAAGUUCACUCUUUGCGUUCACGAAUAACGGAUGUCACGGAUGAUCACGCUAAAGUUGUACCGCUCCCGCCAUCUUUGGAUUCUUUGGACGACAUCAGUCCUUUUAAAUUCGAUAAGAAUUCCAAAUCUUAUGACAAGGAAAAUACGCGAAAAUUACAUAAAGACAAAAUACUUUCUUGUAGGAGGAAUAUCAAUCUGUUUAAUGAACCUGAAGUCGAUGAUAUAGGUUGGGAAUUUGGUGAGAAACUAUUAGGAAAUAAGAAUUCUAAGACGAAUUAUAGGUCAAGAGCAUGCGCAAACCGUAAUAUUGAGGAACCUCCGCAUCUGGAUCUUGAAUUUGAUUUUGGGAAAGAAAUGGAUAAAAAAUGGGAAAACGAAAACGGAGCAAAAGAAUUGACAAAGAAUUCUUCGAUACCGCCAUGCAAGGGUGACUUAAUUAAAGAACCGCCGGAACUUAGUUUUGAAAAUGAGGUUGUAGAAUUAACCAGCGAGAAAGAGAACUUGAUGUUGGAAAACACUAAAUCAUCAAAAAUGGACAGGAAUUUACGAGGAAAUUCUCAAUGGCAUGGCAAAGGUUUUUCCUCAGAACAUUCUGAUUCGUUGUUAACUGGAGACGACGAAAAUGAUUUCCAGGAAAAAGAAAGUCCCCAGAGUUUUAAACCAAAAGAAAAGUCUGGUUUUGGUGCGGGCGUUGUCUGUAAAAAUAAGACUUCUGAUGUUUUUGAGGAUGAUAUUGAAAUAGAGUUUGGAGAUGAUAGUCUUGCUGAUGGGAUUCUAGCCGACUUGGACGAGGAAGAGUUUGGAAGAAAUAGUUUGGAUAAUCAUUCAAAAACAGGUAAUAAUAACCAAGGCUUUCCUAGUGGAACUGUCUCGAAAUCCAAAGAUGUAAGAAAAAAUAUUCAUGAAAGACAUGAUCUACACAUCGAUACCCGGGAAGCUGAAAAUAAAAUCGAUGGAGAAAAACACAACUCAAAGUGUGAAAAUGUCGCAAAAAAGUCAAAAUUGAAGCUCAACUCGAAAGAAAAAUCAUUGGGUGAUAACAGUUUGAAAAAAUCGAUUCUCAAACUUGGUGCGUUUGAAAGAGUAAAUUCUGCGAAGAAUUCUUUCAACUAUGUUAUAGACUCUGAAGAAAUCUUUGAUCACUCUACGGACAAAGUAAUGGACGCGGGGAAUUUUGAAAAUAAAUCUAAAGCUCAAAGUAUUUUGACUGAAACGAAUGAUCAUUCUGGAGAGAAUCUGCAAAGGAAAGGGGAUUUUAAUUUUAAAAAGCCAGAUGCAAUUCUUGGGAAUCGUAGCUUAAAAUUUAAUCGAAGCGCGGUUGUUUCUCCUAAAGCCUGUAGGGAUACGAACCAUGAAAAUGCGCAAACAGGAAGCCCAGUUUUUACGAGUUCUCCGAUAAGAAAGUCUUUGAAAUUAAACUCUAAGGUCAACCUAAUGAAGAAAAAUUCUUCAUGUGGCGAAUACGAAGAAGAAAAUAGUUUAAAAGUUUUUGAAAUGCAGAAGAACCAGAAACGUUUUUCACCGUUUAAAGAGUCGCGCAGUUCUCCCUGUGCUAGUGAAAGAUAUUCUUGCUCAUUUGACGUAAAACACGACGAAAUUCAGACGAAGGGAAAUGAUGACGUGCACAGAAGCGAUCCUCAUGAUUCGCCUAUUCUUCGAAAGCCACUUCGAGAACGGCUCGCAAACCGUGGCUUCGAAGAUACUGUCAACGAUAUAAACAUAACUAAACGCAAUCAGAAAGACUCGGAUAUCAUCUCGAACGAUGAUGAUUCUUCGCCUAUUAUAAGAAAGAAAUCAAAAAGUGAAACUUCAAAUGUUACCGCGAUUUCACCUUUACAGGAAUCUCAAAAUAUUUCGCGCAAAGUUGAUAUGGAGGAUGGAGAGUCGCCUCUUGUCCGACGACGUUCAAAAGCCAAAAUAAGAGACGGAAAUGUCUUCGCUAUUGCUGAAAGCGAUGAGGAAUUUGAAAAUGAUAUCCAGAAAACAGACUCACAGUUUUUAGAACAUGAAGCGUUCGACGAGGUGAAAUCCCAUGGCGCAUCAGAUGAUCAGAGAGAUAGAAGCGUUAAUAAAAUAAUAGGGCUACGCAACAGAAAGCUUGUUGGGGCGUCUGACAGUGAAGAAGAGUUCCUGGUAGAAAAUAGAAAAGAUUAUGUCCAGGGAGUUGGAGCUCGUCAUGAUGUACAAAGAAAGAUUGUUCUUCAGAACAGCGUGAAGCGCAAAAGGUUGUGCUCUCAUCCACCAUCUAAAAAACAAAAGCGGCUUCACGCCAAUCAUUUCCUAGACGAAGAAGCCGAGCUAUCAGGAAGUGAUAUCGGCGAAUUUACGGACGAUGAAAGCGACCUCGGUAGCGAGUUUGACAGUUUUAUCGACGACUCUUCUCAACUCACCCAACGAACGCCUACUUGCCGUACCUCAAGGGUUCCAAGAUCACCCAUGGACAUGGCCGCUCUAUACCGCCUGUCUCUAAUGAGCCCACACGCUAGGAAUCUUAAUUUCCGCACACCAAACUUCCGUAGUAAUAAGAAUAGAUAUAAGAUGAACUUCAAACCGAAAAGGACUGGUAGCGAAUCUGAAGCUGAAGAGACGCAUGCGCAUGAGAGUGAUUUAGAAAAUGAGAUGGAAUUUGACAGCGAGGAGGGAUACUUCGAGGAAGAGGAGUACGAAGAGGAAAGCGUGUACGGAGAUGAAAACGAAAGUCCUGACAAUAGCGUUGCGCUAGUUCAAGAGAUAUCUCCACACACACCAAGUCAAGUUCGACGUCCCUUGAAACGCCCAAAGCGAAAAUACGUUCUUAAUGACAGUGUUGAUGAAGAUGUUACCGUAUGCAAGAAAACGCCGUUGAAAACAAACAUAAGAUCUAAUGCAUCCUGUAGUGCGCUGCAGUCAACGCAAGCCUUCACUUACAAGAAGUCACUUCCCACUAUACCCCCAAAGACUAAUUCAUUCACCGCGUCGUCUUCAUUACUCUCAAAAGAAAAUACUCCUAUUUGCAUAGCUUUGCCAGCUUCUAUAGGUCCUGAGAGAGAAGCUGAUACUUCAAAUCAAAAUUUCAAGGAAAGGCGCUCUAUUUUGUCAUCCAAAGCCGCAGAUUCGUCCAAGAAAGAUGGGGAUAAAACAAGAGAAAGAAACAGUUUGUCCACUACGUUUGACUUUGAUUGGGAUAGCAAUGGUUUUAGUGACACAGACUUGUUGGAAGCGAUGGAGAACAGUGAUAAGUAUGAUGGCUUAUCGAAAGCUGGUUCAAAUAGGAAUACGAGUACCUUAAGGAACAUAAAAUCACACCUUAUCCAAGACCAAGAAAUGCAAGAUAUUGCUCUUGCAAUGGCAGCAACGGAUGACGAUAUGAACUUCGAAAUGUCUGAAAUGCCAACAUUCUCUCUGGGUCUCGACUUCCUUGGUGACGACACAGAAGAAAAGGAGCAGCAAUCCGUCGUGCUGCAAGCUGAUCAAAAUCUAAAUAACAGUGCUUUUUCUUCGGAAAAAAAUAAGAGUGUUUUGAAGGAUUCGCCUUUUGCGUUGAAACGACAAUCACCUCUGCAAAAACAGAAGCAACAACAACUGCAGCAACAAAAUGGGACACAGGAAUCCAAGUUUACUAAGAUUGUCGCACCCCAAAGAUCUGGCGAAUCAAAUACUCGUGUGUUCAGCUUUAAGUCAUCUUGUGCAGCUACUGUUCAGCCAUUUAGCGAAGGAAUUCAGAACUUAACGACAAAUUCUCAGAAUAUAAACAAAAAUAUAUCUAGAAGUAGCACCGUGUGUAGUAGUGAUAUUAUGGGUAAAGGACUCCAGGGGUAUAGUAGUAGCGGUGGUCGUCUGUUUGAAAAUAAGGGAGUUAGUGAGGAGAAGAGUACCGCUCAUACAGCGAUAAGCACAGACAAGGACAAACAUCACACUACCUUGUGUUUGGAUACUAGUACACCCAACAGCACUCCAAAGAAUAUUCCUAGGGCUUUUGUCUCUCCUUCACAAAGAGACCGAGACAAACUAGUGAUCCUCGUGGACACCAAAGAGAUAUGCAACGUUCAGGUAGUGUCAUGCCUUCGUCGCAAGCACAAUAUCAAAGCAGAAGUCUGUCAGUUGAUUCACUGUGAUUAUGUUGUUAGUAACAGAGUCGGCGUUAUACGAAAACUCGUAUCAGCUGUGGCUAAUGGAGCAAAUUCAACUAAACUUGUGGAUAAGAUGAGGCUGAUGUGCGACCUGUAUGACCGACCGUGUCUUAUUAUCGAGAAAGAUCGAGUUAAACCUGGAGAAAAGGAACGUGACUGGUCAAGGAGCCAUGCUUACUCACACACGCUGGCUUGUAUUGCACAGACCCACAUCAAGGUCUUGUUCAGUGAAUCUCAAGAGGAAACUGCAGCUCUUUUAACUGAACUUGCAUCGAUGGAGUCAAAGAAAAAAGCAGCGAUUCAGGCUCCUUUGAGCUUGAACAAAGAGACUCAACAGGUGUUUCGUUUUCUGCUAAGCAUCCCAAGGGUUAGUUAUAUCACCGCACUAAAUCUGUGCUCUUCUUUAAGAACUCUACGAGACCUCAUUUCCAGUACUCCUGACGACCUACAGAAAAUAACAAAGCAGCUAUCCCAGUCUCGAGCAACAGAGAUUUACAAUUACCUGAAGCAUAAUUUCGACGAGGCCAUGACAGCAAGGAAGAAAAAUUCUUAAUAUUAGGAAACAGCUUGUCGUAAUUUGUAAAUAAAAGGGUUUGGAGGGGGGGGAUUUUAAAUAAAUAGAUUGGGUUGUAAUCAAAACUAGAUAAUAUAUAAAUCUGUACAUAAUAGACUCCGUGGCGUCCAUGUUGGAGGAUAUGACUCAUCAAUUAUCCAACAUGGCGGCUGUAAUUAUAAUUAAAACAGAUGAAUGAGGAAAAUAAAGUUCAUGAAAAGUUUUAAA